AUGGCUUCAACCGAUGUCCCUCUUCAACCCGUCCAACGUUCUACUUCCAAGGAUCAGUCUUUGACUGUCCGCUCAAACCAAAUGGCUUCACCCGACACUCCCCAAUACAGCCAGAUCCCAUCCAAAAACCCUGCCUUUGCAGUCAACUUCACAUGGAAGAAAUGGAGGGCCAUGGUUUCUGACGCCAGCAAUCCCGGAUCAGAACCCUUAUACACUAUCCACUUCCCAAUCAGUUUAGAAACCCACAUCAUUUUCAAAAAGUCUUCCGACGGAGAAGUCAUCGGGAAUGGAAAGCUGAACUUUGUGUCUAUCAAUGCCGAGUACGAACUGCAUGGGCAGAAGGCCCGCCUUCUAGCCCAGAAACGCUGGCGGACGGUAUACACCCACCGCUCCCUCAACUUCUCAGACACCGGAUCCCCAGUCACAAUGACAUGGACUAGCGAUGCCGGGUUCAAGAAUUGGGACUUUGUCUGUGUCGAUGAGCAACAAAUGCCCGUGGCAAAAUUCACUGCCAAUUGCUGGGGUCUCACCAACAUUGGUAAAAUCGAGUUCAGUGGCUCCAAGGCAAAUGACAGAGCUGCGCAAGAGGAGAUUAUUGUUACAGGGAUUACGUUGUUCUACUGCAUGGUGCUUCGCUGUAACAAUCUUUUCAAUCUCUUUGGGGCUAUUUUUGCUCGACCGGGGCAAAAACAACAUAUUAAUUAA